UUUUCUAAGAAAAGUGUAAAAAAAAACCGCAAACAAGUAAUUAAAAUUCCACAUGAAGCUAAAUUUACUGCCGAACUUUAUAAAACCGAAAAACAAAAGCGGCCAAAAAAGCAGCUACAAGAACAUAAUGUCAUUGCCAACAAGAAAAGACAACGAGAACUGAAAAAUAAUUACAGGCCGAGAACAAUAAUAAUAAGCAACAUGAGCAGCCUGUCAGCAGGAGGAGCUGGAGGAGCAGGAGGAUUGGGGGGAGGAUCUGGAGGAGCAGAUUCCACUGCGGGCCAGGCAACAGUUACUGCCACUGGCAACAUGGAGCCGGCGAUGGUGCCACGUACCGCCAAUUUGCUGGCAUGCAAACAAUGGUGGCGCGUCUGCUUUUUGUACGGCGACCAGCAGAAAUAUUAUCGACAGCUCUAUAGCAAGGCGGCGGCCCAGCGACUGGCGGACGCUAAUCAGGAGCCCGACAAUGGCCGGGAUCGGGAUGGAGAUCGGGAUGGGGAUCGGGAUCGGGACUACGACACCGUGGCCUGCGAUCUUAUCGCUGGGCAAUUAGAGGCCGGCGAUGAGGCGGACGAUGGCAUCGAUCUGGGCGAUCAUGUGGGGAACCAGAAGGGAGGAGCUCCUCCGGCGGGUCGACCGCUCUUCCCGCUCUCCUCCUCCCAUUCCUCCUCAUCCUCCCCGCGACGCAGCAAGAAGCUCCUGAGAUCCCUGCGCUCCCUGAGAUCGGGCAAGGCCAGCACAGUCGAAGAGACUAGAGAGUCCAGCGAGGUGACCCAGCGGAAUGCCAGGGUGACCGUCCUGGACGAUCCCUUUCUCUUCGGCAUCGAUGCCGAUCACCUGGGCGAUCUGGUGGUGCGGGGCAGGCGGUACAGUCCGCUGGACGCCGCCGAGAAUAUGGCCAAGUUCUACGGGGAACAGGAGGCCACGGCCCAGGUCCUGGAAAUCAUUGAGCAGGAGGAGGAUACUCCAGAGCAGGAAGCUCCCAAGGUCGCACCCGCCUUGCCGCCCAAGCAAAAGCAACCACGUCCUGUGCCACCCCUGCCACCACCGCCGGCGAAUCGGAUAGCCCCGAACCAGGACCUUAACCACCUCCAACCUGCAACACCACAAGUGCAACCACUGCAACCCCUGACCGCCGGCGAUCUGCAGUUUCUGAACCUGAGCCUGCGGCACAGGAGUUUACCGCGCAGCAUGAAGCCGUUUAAGGAUGCCCACGAUAUCAGUUUCACUUUCAACGAGCUGGACACGAGCGCCGCAGCGGAAGUGGCCACAGGAGCCGCCCAGCAGGAGUCAAAUGAGCCCAUCAGCCGGACUCCACUGACGCAGAUCUCGUAUCUGCAGAAGAUCCCCACGCUGCCGCGCCACUUUUCACCCAGUGGGCAGGGCCUGGCCACGCCCCCCGCCCUCGGCAACAGCGGCCUGCCCAGCAGCUCCUCCGCCAGCGCCCUGUAUGCCGCUCAGACCGCCGCCGGCCUCUUGCCCACCUCCCCGCUGCCCCUGCAGCGCCACCAGCAGUACUUGCCGCCGCACCACCAACAGCUGCCGGGAUCGGGAUUGGGACUGGGAUUGGGAAUGGGAAUGGGAGCAGCAGGAGGACCGCCCCUUGGCCCCCAGUACUCGCCGGGCUGCUCGGCGAACCCAAAGUAUUCCAAUGCCCAGCUCCCGCCACCGCCGCACCACCAUCACCAGCUGUCGCCGGCCCUGUCCACUCCAUCGCCGCCCUCGCUGCUCCACCAUCCCGCCGGAGGCACUUCCUCCGCCUCCGCACACGCCCCCUUCCUCGGCGGACCGCACAUGGACAUGCAGCGGCAGUCGCACUCGGACGAUGACAGUGGCUGCGCCCUCGAGGAGUACACCUGGGUGCCACCGGGACUGCGGCCUGAUCAGGUUCGCUUGUAUUUCUCGCAAAUACCCGACGACAAAGUGCCAUACGUCAACAGUCCGGGGGAGCAGUAUCGUGUGCGACAAUUGCUGCAUCAACUUCCGCCGCAUGAUAACGAGGUUCGUUACUGUCACUCACUGACGGAUGAGGAGCGCAAGGAGCUGCGGCUCUUCUCCACGCAGCGCAAGCGCGAUGCACUCGGCCGCGGCAACGUGCGGCAGCUGAUGAGCGCCCGACCCUGCGACGGCUGCGACGACCUAAUCUCCACGGGCGACAUCGCCGUGUUCGCCACGCGACUGGGUCCCAAUGCCAGCUGGCAUCCGGCGUGCUUCGCCUGCUGCGUCUGCCGCGAGCUCCUCGUGGACCUCAUCUACUUCCACCGCGAUGGACGCAUGUACUGCGGUCGCCACCACGCCGAGACCCUCAAGCCCAGGUGCUCGGCCUGCGAUGAGAUCAUCUUGGCGGACGAGUGCACGGAGGCGGAGGGCAGGGCGUGGCACAUGAACCACUUCGCGUGCCACGAGUGCGACAAGCAGCUGGGCGGUCAGCGGUACAUCAUGCGCGAGGGCAAACCGUACUGUCUGCACUGCUUCGACGCGAUGUUCGCCGAGUACUGCGACUACUGCGGGGAGGCCAUCGGGGUGGACCAGGGCCAGAUGAGCCACGACGGGCAGCACUGGCAUGCGACGGACGAGUGCUUCUCGUGCAACACGUGCCGCUGCUCGUUGCUGGGUCGCGCAUUCUUACCACGCCGUGGCGCCAUCUACUGCUCCAUUGCGUGCAGCAAGGGCGAACCGCCCACGCCGUCGGACAGCUCCGGCACGGGCAUGUACACCACGCCCACUCCGCCCACGCAGCGGCUGCGGCCCCACCCCCAGGCGCCUCUGCCGGCACGCAUCCCCAGCAGCCACGCCUCCAGCUCGCCGCCCAUGUCGCCGCAGCAGCAGCAGCAGCACCAGGCGACCUUCAACCAGGCGAUGUACCAGAUGCAGAGCCAGCAGCUGGAGGCGGCGGGCGGCCUGGUGGAGCAGGGCAAGAGCUACGCCACCUCGGACUCGGAUGCGGGCGUGGUCAAGGAUCUGGAGCCGGGCGGUGGAGGUCACUUGGGCGCCGGAGAUCUGACCGACUUUUCGGGCGGUCGCGCCUCGAGCACCUCGCAGAAUCUGUCGCCUCUCAACUCGCCGGGUGACUUCCAACCCCACUUUCUGCCCAAGCCCAUGGAACUGCAGCGUGAUGGCGUCUACAACUUCAACGAGAUGUCCUCGAACCUGGACGCAGCCUGGCCGGCGAAGCCCACGAAUAGCUAUCAAAUGCAGAGGCAGCUUCUGGAGAAUCCGCAUGGCACGAGCAUGCCGGAGUUGGCGGGCCAAAUGGUGGCGACUCCCGCCCACCUGCAACACCUAUCGCAACUGCAUGCCGUGUCGUCGCAACAGUUCCCGCAGCACGAGUACGCGGACAUCCUGCAUCCGCCGCCGCCGCCGGGGGAGAUCCCCGAGCUGCCCACUCCCAACUUGAGUGUGGCCUCCACGGCCCUGCCGCCGGAACUGAUGGGAUCGCCCACCCACUCGGCGGGCGAGAGGUCACUGAACACGCCCCUCUCCACCCAGUCGGCCAGCCACGCGCCUCCGCAUCCGGUGUCCAUCCUGAGUGGCGCCUCCUCCUCCUCGCCGAUGAGCGGGGAGCCGGGCAAGAAGAAGGGGGUGCGCUUCGAGGGAAUCCCGGACACGCUGCCGCGAUCGAGGAGCUACUCGGGCAAUGGAGCGGGCACGAGUGGAGGUGGUGGUGGAGGGGGUGAGAGAGAGCGGGACAGGGAGCGGGACAAGGACAAGGAGGGCGGAGGUCGCCAUGGACAUGGUCACUCCUCCCGGAGGCGAAGGCGCCGCAAGUCCUCCUCCACUUCGACCCACCAUCGCAGUGGCAGCGGUCAUCGGUCGCACUCGACCACUCGGGCGGAUACUUAUGCCCCGGCGCAACCACUCUCCUCCUCCUACCAAGGUCCACCCUCGGCGCUACAGGCGGCCAGCCUGGUCCACGAAUCACCUAACCGGCAGCAAAGAGGUUCCGAUCGGGAACGGGAUAGGGAUCGAGAUCGGGAGCGGGAACGCGAAGAGUCCGAGGAGUCGGACGUGUGCUCCACCUGCUCCUCGAGCUCCUCCAGUUCCGAGGACUACAUGAUGAUGUACCAGCUGCCGCAGAGGCGCCACUACGGCGGCGUCCGCGUGAGCUAUGUGCCCAACGACGCACUGGCCUACGAUCGGAAGAGGAAGCCCAGCGAGAUGGGCGGCGACAAGGACAAGAACUGCAUCAUCUCGUGAUGCAGUCCGCCGAAGGGGGUUCCAAUCAGAGCCCAGGUACGAAACACAGCCCGAUCCAGAUGCAGAUGUUAUUAAUGUGGCGCCACGGGCACAACUCCAACUCGUGGCUAACGAAGUGCCCCAGAACGCUGGCGGGGAUCAUCAAUUCCUCGGAAGGCAGCACGCAGAACGCAAAACGCAAAACGGAGGCAACUGCCACAACACAAAGCGAAACAAAGUUCAACUUGACAUUAAGGCGCCUAGUUAAGAUACACUCACAAACAGACGAACAUACAUAUGCAACUCCGCAGGAGGAGAAACCCUACAAUAAGAGCCAACACUGUUCCAAAUACACAUCCCUAGUUAAGCUAAUUGCAGAUUCAACCUAUAUAUAUUUUUAUAAUUACAAGUAGCGCAGAGAAGAUAUUUUGCAGAUAACACUAUUUAUACAUUUAACUUAUAUUUAUUGCAUUACUAGGCUUACCAGAUACUCUAAGUUUAUAACUAGACGAAUAGGUAGAAAAGCAAAGGGUUCCUCGUAACUCUGAUGCUAGCAAUUGGGCUAAUGAAACUCUACAAUAACUCUAGUAUAAGGCGAUAAACUGUAUGACAUUCACGAGAAUAAAGAGUUCAAAGAAAGUGGAUACCAA